AUGCCUGUAACACCCGAAGACCUUGUGGGUCUUUUGGCCCUGAUCACGAGCGAGAGGAAUUAUCAGAUCACAAAUAGCCAGCGCCUGAAAGGAGGAUUUCUGACAGGCAUUGGAGCCACUGUUGGCGGUGUGUGUGGUGGACCUUUUGGUGUUGUUGUGGGAGGCCUAGUCGGCGGAUCACUAGCUGCUUGGAAAGGAAAAUCGACCACAAUACCAUUAGACCAAUACUUGAUGGAUAUGGACAAAGAACAGAGGCAAGCGAUGUUUGCGUAUAUGAAUUACCUUAUAGAAGAUAGCCAUGUUCAAAACUUUGUUGCCCUGAACGCUAAAGUUGCCACCGACCCCGAUCUCAAACGACGAUUUUUGGAUGUGCUGUUGUGCUAUUUGAAGGUAGAACUGAGGCUCAAUGUGAUCGAAUGAAUGAAGAGAAUGAAGGAAAGAAGCUUGUCGUCACUAGAACAAGAACUUGGUUGAAAUUGGAAAGGUUCAAUUGAAUUCAGAAAAACAGGAAACCUGAAAACCAUGUGGAAAAUUUCACAAAACUGGCAAGGAUAACAGUAAAAAUUUUCCAGUAAUUUAUUGUCUAUCACUAUUUCCAUUUUGCUCUAUUGUUUAGGAAAGAUUUGAAAUACGCAUUGACACUAGAUUUUCUACAGAGCCGCACAAACAUAUGCAAAUAACCGUGCAUGAUAAAAUGAUUGAAGUUAUUCUUGUUUUCACGACAUAAAACAGUUUAAGACUUUUUCAUCUAAAAAAACUGUGAUGCUUUGUCUUUUAGUAUACUUGAAUGAUUCUUGUUCAAUUUAUCGUCUUUAUUUCCCGUCAGGUUGUAGUUUUGAGGGUAGCUUUUAUUCAAAUAAGAAACAUUUUUGGCAAAAAUCUACCAUUGCCAUGGCGAGUUUUAACCCAUUGAUCACAUUUUAUGAAUUUUAAGAACUGACAACAGAACAAUGCGAUUUCGAUGAAAUUAUACUUUUAUUGAAAUAACGAAUAUAUAUUGAUGCAAAAAUAUCAGGAAAGUGUAUCUUGUUUGACCGUGAUUCUGAAUGAUUUUUACUCGAGCGAAACAUAUUAGCAAGGAGGAAGAGUCAGUUUCACUUAGCCUGCACUCUCGUAAAUGGACAAACUCGCGAAAAUUUAGCUAGCGGAAAACCUGUCAUUUUUCUGUUUCUUUUUUACUUUCUUCCGUUUUUGAUUACCUUUUUUUCUCGGGGGGGAUGGGAGGGGGUGGAAGGGGGUGACGGGAUUGAUCUUUCAGGCCAGCGGACGCAAGUCACGUGGUCAAUGAAGAAGCUCAUUCUCGCCCUCUGCGUCACCCUCGAUUCUUCAUUCACUCAAGAAAAAAAUCACUAAAUUAAAAAAUAAAUAGUCUAAUUAGAUAGAUGACUAAGUUUCUUUGUUCUUUUUGCAAAAUGAACAUCUAAAGCGUGUGUAAAAGAGACAAUGCACAAGAAAUCAUCUGGGUUCUGGUCUAAUCACAAGAGGUCUGUAUCUCUCGAACGUUCGCAAUCUUCCAAACUGUCUGUGUUGAUAGAUGUAUCUGGACAAAAUCAAACAUGCCAAUGAAGUCUUAUUAUUCUCGCACAAACGACGCUUUUAACAUGUUUAAUCUGGAACCGAAGAUAUAUGCAAUCCAUCAACUUUUUCUAUAGAUAAUGUUCUCAUUCAAGAAAUGGCCUUUUUUAGGUUUAAUUAUAGACGCGCAAACCUUAGAAUAAACGACUGAGGGCUAGUAAUCAGUACUAACUAAUGUGGAGGUUAAUAUAUUCAUCCAUUGUAGCUGAAGUGAUUUGAUAACUUGGCACAGGCGCCGGUUAUAACGGCGUGCGAAGGAUUCACGCGAAGAAAAAUUAAAGAACUUGCCAUUCGGCAUAAUUAUUUUACUCCUUUCUCCUUAACUUUGCUCUCGAUAAAGGAUUUUCUGUAUAUUAUUUACGUAUUAGAGGUGAGUUAGAAGAUAUUUUUUUAUUGUUAUAUUGCACGCGUUGCAUACCUAUUGCUAUAAUUAGACACCUGAUGACCUCAUGUCUACUCAAACAUAGAAAUGAGGCUAACAACAAUGGGGAAAGUCCCAGCCGUCUACCGGAACUGAUCUUUCAUUUUGUUUCCUUAUUAUCAGUACUUUCGCUUUCCUUCAGUCGACAUGCCGGUUUCCGUGACUGAUUUGCAGCGUGUUAUGGCCAUUCUGGCCGAUGAAGAUGAACUUAAAGUAACCGUCAGAGGUGCUGCCUAUGGCGGUGUUAUCGCAGGAAUUACUACGACUGUUGGAGGACUUCUUGGUGGACCGGCUGGGUUGCUCGUUGGAGGCGCUGUUGGCGGAGCAUUAGCCUAUGGCACUUCGGGAGAUUUCAAGCCUGCUUCCCAAGUGAUCAAAGACAUGAACGCUCACGACAGGCAACUUCUUUACGACAGUGUUAAAGAAAUCCUCGAAAACUUGGCGAUCGACGAUUACCUAGCUCUUAUGGCCUUCCUGAGUGGUCCUGGAUUGGUGGUUCGACAACAACUCAUGGACAGACUGGUUUUAUUUCUGAGGAAUAAUAUGCGACUUCAAGUGCCUCAAAGUUAA